AUCAGUUCUGGCGUGGACCAUCGUGCGGUAUCUUUCGUUCUCUCCUCAAAUGACACACACUCGCCAUGAUUGGAUUUUUGGUCAUCUUUCGCUGCUUUUUUUUGUGCUGCGCGGCGGCUAUAAUAGUUGUCAUGUUUCGAUUGGAUACCGCAUCAGCGGUGAGAAACGGCGAAGCGCGUGUUGUUGGAGGCAGCCCAAUCGGCAUUGCAGAGAUUCCCUAUAUCUGCUCCGUGCGAGAGCGAAUGCCGGCCGGACACUGGGGCUGGACCCGUGCUCAUAUAUGUGGAAGUACCAUUCUGAAUGACCACUGGCUGCUUACAUCCGCCCAUUGCGUUUACGGAAAGGAUAUCGCUAGUUUAUUGAUUGUUUGCGGUGUACGACAAGUGCGACUCGUCAAGCGGAUUGAGCUGAACCCGGGCUUCGUUGGUGGAGCGAAAGGAAAUGAUUUAGCGUUGAUAAUGCUCAAGAAAUCGGUCGUGUUCACCGGGAACGUGCAACCCAUUCCCAUUUACGACCAAUCCAAUCUUUUGACUAACUCAGCAACGAUUGUUGGCUACGGGUCAUCUGCUUAUCGUGAAGGAGAAUGGACGGCAAAUGGAUUACAGGCGGCUACCGUUCCCAUUCUGACGCACGAAGAGUGCCGCAAGCAGGUGUCCGAGUUGGCAGCUUAUCUCACACCCGAUAUCCUCUGCACGGGAAAAGGAUUAACAGCGGCUGGAACAUGUAUCGGUGACUCGGGAGGCCCGGUUACAAUUGCGACCGAUUUACAGCCGUUCAAUCUGCUGGCUGUUCCCGCCUGGACGGUUGCUCCGUGCGGAAGCGUUCCGUCGAUGCAUACACUGGUUAGUGUGCACAUACAGUGGAUACUGAACGUGAUCAGUCCAAUAUUAGCCUAGUUUUAGAAUUCGGGGGAGUGAAUUUUGAAAUAAACUUCUUUCUCUAUCAACAAGGUUUAUUCUUUAGUUGAAACUAUUUCCAGUAUGUUAUUCGUUAUCGUGAUAUAGGUCUCGAUGAUUUGUAUUAUUAACGACGCUGGUUACAUUUUUUAGUCAUCAGAUUGGAUGAAAGGGGAUGUCUGCUACACGCUGU